AUGGGCACCCUGGGCAAGGCGAGAGAGGCCCCGCGGAAACCGUGUCAUGGCUGCAGAGCUGCUACCAAAGCAAGACUAGAAGCGAAGCCAGCCGGCAGCCCUGUCCCCUCCCAUCCCAGCCUGGCCCAGAUCACCCAGUUCCGAAUGAUGGUGUCUCUGGGACAUUUAGCCAAAGGAGCCAGCCUGGACGAUCUCAUCGACAGCUGCAUUCAAUCUUUCGAUGCAGAUGGAAACCUGUGUCGAAGUAACCAACUGUUGCAAGUCAUGCUGACCAUGCACCGAAUUAUCAUUUCCUCUGCUGAGCUGCUCCAAAAAGUUAUCACCCUCUAUAAGGACGCCUUGGCAAAGAACUCACCAGGGCUUUGUCUGAAGAUCUGCUAUUUUGUAAGGUACUGGAUAACAGAAUUCUGGAUCAUGUUUAAAAUGGAUGCCAGCUUGACAAACACUAUGGAAGAGUUUCAGGAACUGGUGAAGGCCAGUGGUGAGGAGUUACACUGCCGCCUGAUCGACACAACUCAAAUCAAUGCCCGGGACUGGUCCAGGAAGCUGACCCAAAGGAUAAAAUCAAACACCAGCAAGAAACGUAAAGUUUCCCUGCUCUUUGACCACCUGGAGCCAGAGGAGCUGUCGGAGCACCUCACCUACCUGGAGUUCAAGUCCUUCCGGAGGAUAUCAUUCUCCGAUUAUCAGAAUUACCUCGUGAAUAGCUGUGUGAAGGAGAAUCCCACCAUGGAGCGGUCCAUCGCCCUGUGUAACGGCAUCUCCCAGUGGGUACAACUGAUGGUUCUCAGCCGUCCCACCCCACAGCUCCGGGCAGAAGUCUUCAUCAAGUUCAUCCAGGUGGCUCAGAAACUCCACCAGCUACAGAACUUCAAUACAUUGAUGGCUGUGAUAGGUGGGCUCUGUCACAGCUCAAUCUCCAGGCUCAAGGAGACAAGUUCGCAUGUCCCACAUGAAAUCAAUAAGGUUCUGGGUGAGAUGACCGAGCUGUUGUCCUCCUGUAGAAACUAUGACAACUACCGGCGGGCCUAUGGGGAGUGCACCCAAUUCAAGAUCCCCAUUCUGGGGGUGCACCUCAAGGACCUCAUCUCCCUGUAUGAAGCCAUGCCCGACUAUCUGGAAGAUGGAAAGGUCAAUGUCCACAAGCUGCUGGCCCUUUACAAUCAUAUCAAUGAACUGGUCCAGCUGCAAGAGGUGGCCCCGCCCUUGGAGGCCAACAAGGACUUGGUGCACCUGCUGACGUUGUCCUUAGAUCUCUACUACACUGAAGAUGAAAUCUACGAGCUUUCCUAUGCUCGGGAACCAAGGAACCACAAAGCCCCACCACUAACACCUUCAAAACCACCAGUAGUGGUGGACUGGGCCUCUGGAGUAUCUCCCAAACCGGACCCAAAGACUAUAAGUAAACACGUCCAGAGGAUGGUGGAUUCCGUCUUCAAGAACUAUGAUCAUGACCAGGAUGGAUACAUUUCUCAGGAAGAGUUUGAAAAGAUUGCUGCCAGUUUUCCCUUUUCCUUCUGUGUGAUGGACAAAGACAGGGAAGGCCUCAUCAGCAGAGAUGAGAUCACAGCCUACUUCAUGAGGGCCAGCUCAAUCUACUCCAAACUGGGCCUGGGCUUUCCUCACAACUUUCAAGAGACCACCUACCUGAAACCUACUUUCUGUGACAACUGUGCUGGAUUUCUCUGGGGAGUGAUCAAACAAGGAUAUCGAUGUAAAGACUGCGGGAUGAACUGCCACAAACAGUGCAAAGAUCUGGUUGUGUUUGAGUGCAAGAAGCGAACCAAGAACCCAGCAGCUCCCACAGAGAACAGCACCGCUGCAGGGCCAACAUCCAACCUUUGCUCACUGGGAGCCAAAGACCUGCUCCAUGCACCUGAGGAAGGGCCUUUCACAUUCCCUAAUGGGGAGGCCGUGGAACACAGUGAGGAUAGUAAAGAUCGGACCAUCAUGCUCAUGGGAGUGUCCUCACAGAAGAUUUCUGUUCGGCUGAAGAGGACUGUCACCCACAAGGCCACCCAGACAGAAUCACUGCCGUGGCUUGGCAGUGAGGGUCCUUCCGGGCCCUUGAUGCUGUCCUCCCCAAGGAAGACAGCCCAGGAUACUCUGUAUGUGCUUCCCAGUCCCACAUCUCCAUGCCCCAGCCCCGUCUUGGUCAGAAAGCGGGCUUUUGUCAAGUGGGAGAAUAAAGAAUCCCUCAUAAAAUCGAAGGAGGAUCUCCGUCAUCUCAGACUCCCAACUUACCAAGAGCUGGAACAGGAAAUAAAUACCCUGAAAGCAGAUAAUGACGCUCUAAAGAUCCAACUGAAAUAUGCACAGAAGAAAAUAGAAACCCUCCAACUUGCAAGAAGCAAUCAUGUCUUAGCUCAAAUGGAGCACGGUCACUGUUCUUAGCCCAGAAACUGAAGGAGCACAAUGUGUAGAGGAGUAUAUCAGAGAUCUCUUAACUAAAAUGAGUAACACAAACACCUGGGGAACCUUAGAUCGACCAGUUAUUUUAAAAGGGUACUUUAAAACAGAAAAGCAAGUUACUUUUUUUUUUUUUUUUUUACUUGAAAGACUCCUCAUGAGUGGAACUGUCUUCUCUUCCAGUCAGUUGAGUCAAAGGGUAGGAAAGCUGAAGAAUGCAGAAUUUUUGCCAUUCACACCAUAAACUUUUUUUCCCCCUGGGACUAAUCCCAACAGCUUGAUAAAAAUAGGACUACAGAUUUCUAACAAGGUUGCUUCUCCUAUGUGGCCUGUGUAGCUACUACUUCCUCAGAACUCAAAUCCCUGGAAAAUUAAUUUGCUUCCUUUCUGUGGGUUUUCUGUGAACUGAAAGAUUUAUUUUGUUCCAUCCAAAGCUUGCUUACCAUGGGAAGAGACUCACAUUCCAAAAAUAGAUUCACUUCCUCUGUAUUCCAGCAUUCUUUUCAAAUGCGGUUCCCACUUCACUACCUCAGAUACCUAAUCAAUUAGCCUUCUCCCACUCCUUCCUCACUAGGCUCAUGCUCAUACAUGAGGGUAUCUAUUUAGAAGUAAACUUCUAGAGAUGGAGCCACAAAUUUGGGGGUGGGGGAGGGGACUAAGACAUUAUCCAAUUAUAGGUCAACUCACAGUGUUAGUCUCACAGUCAUAAGUAGGCAAACUAAACACCUGGAAACAUAGCUAAUACCACCUAAUAUACUACCAGCCAGGUAGCUAAAAAAAACCUGCCAACAUGGUAUUUGUCCUCAUAUAUCUACAUUGGAUAGAAUUAGGAAUUUAUGGCCUUUUGAAAGAAUCUGUUUAACUUUUCAUGUGCCAUCUUUUUUUUUUUUGAAGUAACUAUUUUGAACUGAUUUUGUGCUAUACUGUCUUCACUAUUAAUAUUAUUUAGAAAUAAGCUAAUUGGAUCAGAGGCUUCAAUAAGACCUGAGAACGUGUAUAUGUGUAUAUAUUAUGUAUAUACAAUAUCAAGCAUGCAUGUGACUUGGAAUUUUGUUUCCUCCUUCAUAAAAUAUGGAGAUGAAUUAAACAACUUUGUCAUUUACACAAAUCCACAAAUAUAAAGUUAGUUUGUUACAAGAUAAAGAAAUUGCUCACAAUGUAAAAUGUAUUGUUUAGCAAAAUCACAAUUAAGAGUCCUAUGAGUUUUCUAUUAAUGAAGGUUAAUGAUAAAUGGGCUCAUUUAGUUGUCUGGGCAACUGUUUACAAACUCCCAAUCUAUGUGAUUUCUCUAAAAAGUUCAUAUAAUCAUUUUCUUUUGGAGGGGAACUUACCUUCCAUGCUUGGAAAGCUUGGUACCAAGCAUACUUGAAAUUCAUACGCAAGUUGACCAACUGCCAAGAACAUAAUCUCAACAAUUAAAAGUUCGAAACCUAAAACCAACACCACCAAAUCUUAUUCAGAAUACAAAGUAUAUACAGUGUAAUUUCCUUGGAGGAUUCAGAUCAUUUAAGAAGUUUAUCUGAUGAAAGACCGGUUUCCAUUUGCAUACCUCCUUGUACUGAGCUUUGGUGACAAAACUAGUGAGUGGCUUUCAGUUAGUGUUUUAAAGAAUUACUUUACACACAAUUUACCCUUUCCUAAUUCCAAACUCAGAAAUUCCCAGAGCAGGAUGCUUAGGUCCAUCACCUCGUAUUUAAGAAGCACUUUGUCCAAAUAGGUAAGUAGCAAACAUGAAUUUAUGGUAAUCUCUAAAAUUCAUGUUCACUAUUAUUCUUUCCCUCUGAUACAGACCAAAGGUGGUGCAGCUCAAUUUCUUUAUAAACAUAGUCAUGUAACACAAUUUUUCACUCUCCUUACCCUCCAUCCAAAAUACAGACCCCAGGUUAACUCCUGUGUACCUAAUCUGUAAUCCUAGAAUUCUAAAGGUCAGAGCUCCCUUCAUCAGUCAAAUUAAUAUGGCUAGAGGGUCUCAAGCAUUCCAGAAUUUAUCACUAAAAUGGACAGGAAGCAGUUUUAUCACAAGUUUUUACAGUCCAGCAAGGGCCAAAGACGAAUAGCAUGUAAAUUAAUAUCUGCAUUGAGCUACAUGGGAUUAGUAGAAUCUACAGAAAUAAUCUGGAAAAAAUUUUUGGUUUGUCAAGCCUAGGAUACAAACUUUUAUGUCUUAUACUGACUUGAAAUAUGUUUGAGCACAUAUUUACCUGUCAAAACAAGGACAAAUCUUGUUUUGUCAACAGCAACAUCACUUCUCAUUUUCUUUGGUAACUGACUUGCCUUUUUACUGACCGUUUGUGAAUUUCUAAGGAUCUAUAAUGUAAAAGAACUGCAAGGAAAAAACAAGUGUACAGAUUGUAAAGGGUUUUUUUUUUUGAUACCUAAUGUAAGUUUUCUUUGUGUAAUAUUUAUAUGAUAAAAGACAUUAGGACCCCUA